CAGUCAGCCGCCUCCUUACCGGGAGGCACCCUGAACGCACUUCCCUGUUACAUUUAAGAAGAUGAUGGUUUCCCCCUGCUGUGCACCCACUAAAUAGAACGGGGUCCCAGCAUCGGAGAGAAACGACGCUUCCAGCCGCGCGUGGCUCUGGGUCUCAUGAUUGUAGACCUGGACGUCUUUCAAGGUUAUCUCACCCGAAAUCGCCUCUUACCGAGGCGACCGGGUCGGAGGGAAGUCACGUGACUGGCCCGAGGUCGCCGGCCGAUCAUCCUGAGCAGGUUUCAGGCUGUCGGUCCGGGAGUGCGUGCCCUUUCCCACCGUCACCGCCUCCCGGCGAGGGAUGCUGAGCGGAGGCCCCGGGAAGCCCGGACCUGCCCGGCGGUCGCGCUGCAGACAGCAGUCCCGGCGCAGCCUGUCUUUGUGAUUGUGUUGUGUUGUGUUGUGUUGUUGUUCGCAUCUAGACUUCGGGCUCCUGGAGGAUAGUCCACGUCUACUCUUGAGGAUCCUCUCCCCGCACGCGGCGCACAGCAACACCCUUAAUGAUCAUCCUCUGCGGGGCAGGUGUGAGAAGAUUGCAGGUCCAUUACAAUCAUGGUGCAGAAGUACCAGUCCCCCGUGAGGGUGUACAAACACCCCUUCGAGCUGAUUAUGGCUGCCUACGAAAGGAGGUUCCCCACAUGCCCGCUGAUCCCGAUGUUUGUGGACAGUGACACUGUGAAUGAAUUCCGGAGUGAGGACGGGGCCAUUCACGUCAUAGAAAGACGCUGCAAACUGGACAUAGACGCACCCCGGCUGCUGAAAAAGAUUGCGGGAGUUGACUAUGUUUAUUUCGUCCAGAAAAACUCACUGAAUUCCCGGGAGCGCACUUUGCACAUUGAGGCCCAUAAUGAGACGUUUGCUAACCGGGUCAUCAUUAAGGAGCACUGCUGCUACACUGUUCACCCUGAAAAUGAAGAUUGGACCUGUUUCGAACAGUCUGCAAGCUUAGAUAUUAAAUCUUUCUUUGGUUUUGAAAGUACAGUGGAGAAAAUUGCAAUGAAACAAUAUACCAGCAACAUUAAAAAAGGAAAGGAAAUCAUUGAGUACUACCUUCACCAGUUGGAGGAGGAGGGCAUCACCUUCGUGCCCCGCUGGACUCCGCCGCCCCUGGCGCCCUCUGCGGAGACGGCCGCGUCGUGCGAGGCCCUCAGCAGCCCGAGCGGGGCCUCUGAGCCCGCCGCGGGGACCCCCGACGACAAGCUGGACGCAGACUACAUUAAGAGGUACCUGGGCGACCUGACCCCGCUGCAGGAGAGCUGCCUGAUCCGGCUGCGCCAGUGGCUCCAGGAGACCCACAAGGGCAAAAUCCCCAAAGACGAGCACAUUCUCCGGUUCCUACGUGCCCGGGACUUCAACAUUGACAAAGCCAGAGAGAUCAUGUGCCAGUCGCUGACCUGGCGCAAGCAGCACCAGGUGGACUACAUCCUCGACACCUGGAACCCGCCCCAGGUCCUGCAGGACUACUACGCGGGAGGCUGGCACCACCACGACAAAGACGGGCGGCCCCUGUACGUGCUCAGGCUGGGACAGAUGGACACCAAAGGCCUGGUGAGGGCCCUCGGGGAGGAGGCCCUGCUCAGAUACGUCCUCUCCAUCAACGAGGAAGGGCUGAGACGCUGUGAAGAAAACACCAAAGUCUUCGGCCGGCCCAUCAGCUCGUGGACCUGCCUGGUGGACCUGGAGGGGCUGAACAUGCGCCACCUGUGGAGGCCCGGCGUCAAGGCCCUGCUGCGCAUCAUCGAGGUGGUGGAAGCCAACUACCCCGAGACGCUGGGCCGCCUGCUGAUCCUGCGGGCCCCCCGAGUGUUUCCUGUGCUCUGGACGCUGGUCAGCCCGUUCAUCGACGACAACACCCGGAGGAAGUUCCUCAUCUACGCCGGGAACGACUACCAGGGCCCCGGGGGCCUGCUGGACUACAUUGACAAGGAGGUCAUCCCCGACUUCCUCGGGGGGGAGUGCAUGGUACGUGAACGGCAAGUCCUGCCCAUUCGGCUACUUACCUGGAGGGGCGUGGUCUGCACACGUGGUUUUCAGACUUUUAGUCUGGACUGUUGGGUUUUGGUUCUGUUAUUUUUGGCUGGCAUCUCUCUGAUCCACCGUUUAGGUAAUUGUUGGUGGGGAAGGCGGAGGGGGAACCGAUGGCUGAUUGCAUCUCCUCCCAGCGCACAGCUGGCCGAGCGCCCGGGAGCCCCGCAGUGGGCACGGGCCUCGCUGCCUCGGGGUGACGCCUGUUCCCUCCUCCAGAUCCUCGUUCAGAUCGUGGAUGCCUCUUCGGUGAUCACGUGGGAUUUUGACGUGUGCAAAGGGGACAUUGUGUUCAACAUCUACCACUCCAAGCGGUCCCCACAGCCGCCCAAGAAGGACUCCCUGGGGGCGCACAGCAUCACGUGUCCCGGGGGGAACAACGUGCAGCUGAUCGACCGGGCCUGGCAGCUGGGCCGGGACUACAGCAUGGUGGAGUCGCCGCUGAUCUGCAGAGAAGGGGAGAGUGUGCAGGGCUCCCACGUGACCCGGUGGCCGGGCUUCUACAUCCUGCAGUGGAAAUUCCACAGCAUGCCCGCGUGCGCCGCCACCAACCUGCCCCGCGUGGACGACGUGCUGGCCUCCCUGCAGGUCUCCUCCCACAAGUGUAAAGUGAUGUACUACACCGAGGUGAUCGGCUCCGAGGACUUCAGAUGGCGACUUUGCUGACAGCUGCCAAGAAAACACUCCAGUCACCAGUGCACAUCAGCCCAGGGAUGUGUGUAGAGCUGUCUGACUCUCAGCCCCCCGCCCCCCCAGUCUGAGGCUGUGUGCUUUUUAAGUUGGUUGGGAAGCGGCGCUGGUUCACCCAGAGAGUUGAAUGCGUCUGUAGGGCUGGGGCACGGACAGCCACGCACUCCUGUGCGCCCGGCGCUCCUUGUGCAGGGUCUCACCCAGCUCCCUGACACGGUCCCAGCGCCCCGUGCCCUGCGCUCCCAGCGCUGCCGUCCCCCUGCCUUCCCCAGCACUAACCACUUGGUUCCACUUUCCUCCCUGAAUGCAUUAUUUGCAUAUCAACUUCUGUAAAUGUUUUGUAAACCUAUUACCUCAUCUUGGUAAUACAAUACUGAUAGUCUUUACAAGAUUUUUUAUUGUUAUCGAUAAUAAAUGUGAGCUGUUUAAAGAAAA